GCCUAGUCUUCUGGCUUUCAGGUUCUCGCCAUCGCUUAUAGCAUGCUUUUGCACGACACCAUCGUCAACGCCAACUCUGAUGAACAGCUCCGAAGACGAUCAGCUGUACACAGCUGGUAUCAUUCUGGACGAAGAACCUUGGUGUAAUGCACCAUCUCCGGUCCAAGAUUUGGUGCGAAAUUUAUUAGAUUUCACGUCUACUAUACCUCCGGACUGUCUCUUGGUGCUUCGUUCUUUACUAUGUUGGGGCGUUCAAAGCGAUCAGGUGCUGUGAGCUCCACAUUAAUGAUCGAAACGUAAUUCGUAUGGCUCUCAGACCAUAUGCUACGGAGAUGUCGGGCCAAAUUACCGCAUCGCUAGCGUCAGCUCAAACCUCAGCACGGUCGAAACCAUAUACUACGAUCGGGGCCAUCAGCUGGACGAAGCGAUUUGAGAAACGCAACAAAGACAGGAACGCACCUGGCACCGACCUGUCUCUGUGGCUCUCGCCUGCUUUCUGGAGGAUCGGGAAAUCUAUCACAAUUGCUCGUUUCAAUCGCGACAUAUGGCCGCUCGCAUGCAGCAAAUCGUUGAACAUGGUCCUGACGCUGCGUACUGAUCAUGACUGCAGGCGGGAUACAAUCUGGACCUCGAUUUCUCUCGCGCCUCAUGAUAUUCGCUUGGAACAACCGAGACCGACCUUCACAAUUGGUUUCAAUUCUCCGGAACCGGUCAAGACAGGCUCAAUAAGACAGAAACGUAGCCGACCUCGAUCAGAAAUUGUAUCGUCCACCGCGAUCAGAGACUAUUCUGAUCGCGACGUUAUCCAGGAAAUGAUACGUCAAGCUGGAGCAAACUCUAUACCGCAUGUAAAUCAAGGUCAUCCGGAAUUGUUUUAUCCCUUCUCCUGCUUCCAGGUUGAGCCAAACACCUCCUCAGCGCGUGUCGCGAUCGAUCGGCCGGCUCGAUCGCUCUCUUCCGCUAUCGGUAUACUCCAGAAGCUGACGAUCCGGGCGAAGGAUACUUUCAAGCUUCCAGUCGUCGUAUUUGGAGCGACUUCAGUCGGAGAGCUGUGGAGACUCUACGUUGCUUACGAGCCAGAGCCUUGGCAUUAUGGCAUAGUUUGCAAUAUCUGCACUACCUGGACAGGCAUGAUCCAGGAAGAGGACAGCUGCAAUAGUGUCGAACGUCUCUGGUUGAUGGAACGGAUCAAACGGUGGAGCAUAGAGAUACUUCGUCCUCAGUUACAAACCUGGUUAGGAUAUAGUCAGCCUCGCGCACCUAAAGGUGUUCACGCAUGACUGAAGUGAGCAGUAAGACCGAGUGCGCCAAGUAUACUCAGCUAUAAGCAAUGACCUCUCCGGUAUUCGGAUCUUUGAGGUAGAACGGGGUCGAUCAAUCUCAUCUUCAGUCCACCCACACGCAAGACCUACGGGUGUAUGGCCAAAGAUGGACAUAUAUCUAGGAUAGCCAUAAUCUAGUCCUAAUCAAGCAUUUCCCAUCACGAAUAUCUGCACGGUUUGUAACGUGUGACAUCUGCCAGGGCUCGAAUGACAUUAUGCAAGUUGUUCAAGUGGUUUCGGCCUCUGUACAACCUGUCCAUGAUCCAUGAUCCCACAUACGUACAUCCAGCGUACUUAGCGCGAGAUUUCGGCUUUCGCCUGAAGCUCGCGAGGCCUGCCCACCUUUGAUGUAUCCUGAGAA